AUGUACACAGCAGCCGACCCGGGUGUAGCGAGAGCCAAGAAGGGAGCCGCUUCCAGCUGCCUCUUCACCGAGCCUGAUGAUGAUUUUUUCCAUGAGCUUCCGGAAACUUUUCCGUCUGAUCCUCCCGAGCCCUUGCCCCACUUCCUCAUUGAGCCAGAAGAAGCCUACAUUGUGAAGAACAAGCCCGUGAACCUGUACUGCAAAGCGAGCCCUGCCACGCAGAUCUACUUCAAGUGCAACAGCGAAUGGGUCCACCAGAAGGACCACGUGGUGGAUGAGAGAGUAGACGAAACCUCCGGUCUCAUCGUGCGCGAGGUGAGCAUCGAGGUGUCCCGGCAGCAGGUGGAGGAGCUCUUCGGGCCCGAGGAUUACUGGUGCCAGUGCGUGGCCUGGAGCUCCGCCGGCACCACCAAGAGCCGCAAAGCCUACGUCCGCAUCGCCUAUCUCCGGAAGACUUUUGAGCAGGAGCCCUUGGGGAAAGAAGUGUCCCUGGAGCAGGAAGUGCUGCUGCAGUGCCGGCCCCCUGAGGGCAUCCCCGUGGCGGAGGUAGAGUGGCUCAAGAACGAGGAGGUGAUCGAUCCGGUGGAGGACCGCAACUUCUACAUCACCAUCGAUCACAACCUGAUCAUCAAGCAAGCCCGUCUCUCCGACACGGCCAACUACACCUGUGUGGCCAAGAACAUCGUGGCCAAGAGGAAGAGCACGACGGCCACCGUGAUCGUCUAUGUGAACGGAGGCUGGUCGACGUGGACGGAGUGGUCAGUGUGUAACAGCCGCUGUGGGAGAGGCUUCCAGAAGCGCACGAGGACCUGCACCAACCCCGCGCCGCUCAACGGCGGCGCCUUCUGCGAGGGCCAGAGCGUGCAGAAAAUCGCGUGCACCACCCUGUGCCCAGUGGAUGGGAAAUGGACGUCCUGGAGCAAGUGGUCCACGUGCGGCACGGAGUGCACCCACUGGCGCCGGCGGGAGUGCGCGGCGCCGGCGCCCAAGAACGGCGGCAAGGACUGCGAGGGGCUCGUGCUGCAGUCCAARAACUGCACGGACGGGCUCUGCAUGCAAAGUUUCAUUUAUCCUAUUUCAACUGAACAGAGAACCCAGAAUGAAUAUGGAUUUUCUUCCGCUCCCGACUCGGACGACGUGGCGCUCUACGUGGGCGUCGUGAUCGCCGUCAUCGUGUGCCUGGCCAUCUCCGUGGCCGUGGCCCUCUUCGUCUACCGCAAGAACCACCGCGACUUCGAGUCGGACAUCAUCGACUCGGCGGCGCUCAACGGCGGCUUCCAGCCCGUCAGCAUCAAGGCCGCCAGACAAGACCUCCUGGCAGUGCCACCAGACCUCACCUCUGCUGCAGCCAUGUACAGGGGGCCUGUCUACGCCUUGCAUGACGUCUCUGAUAAAAUCCCCAUGACCAACUCUCCGAUCCUGGAUCCACUGCCUAACCUGAAGAUCAAGGUCUACAACACCUCUGGGGCGGUGACCCCGCAGGAUGAGCUCUCUGACUUCUCCUCCAAGCUGUCCCCGCAGAUUACCCAGUCCCUGCUGGACAGCGAGACCCUCAACAUGAAGAACCAGAGCCUUGCUCGACAGACAGACCCGUCUUGCACUGCCUUCGGGACCUUCAACUCCUUAGGGGGCCACUUAGUAAUCCCCAAUUCAGGAGUAAGCUUGCUGAUCCCGGCAGGGGCUGUUCCCCAAGGGCGAGUCUAUGAAAUGUAUGUGACAGUCCACAGGAAGGAGAACAUGAGGCCGCCCAUGGAGGAGAGCCAGACGCUGCUGACGCCCGUGGUGAGCUGCGGGCCGCCCGGGGCGCUGCUCACGCGGCCCGUGGUGCUCAGCAUGCGCCACUGCGCCGAGCCCGCCACCGACGACUGGCAGAUCCAGCUGAAGCAGCAGGCGGCCCAGGSGCCCUGGGAGGACGUGGUGGUGGUGGGCGAGGAGAACUUCACGACGCCGUGCUACAUCCAGCUGGACGCGGAGGCGUGCCACAUCCUGACGGAGACGCUGAGCACGUUCGCGCUGGUGGGCCGCGCCGCCAGCAAGGCGGCCGCCAAGCGCCUCACGCUGGCCCUCUUCGGGCCGCCCGCCGCCGCCGCGCUCGAGUACAGCAUCCGCGUCUACUGCCUCGAGGACACGCGCGACGCCCUCAAGGAGGUGCUGCAGCUGGAGCGGCAGAUGGGCGGGCAGCUCCUGGAGGAGCCCAAGGCCCUGCACUUCAAGGGGAGCACCCACAACCUCCGCCUGUCCAUUCACGACAUCGCCCACUCCCUGUGGAAGAGCAAGCUGCUGGCCAAGUACCAGGAGAUUCCCUUCUACCACAUCUGGAGCGGCUGCCAGCGGAACCUGCACUGCACCUUCACGCUGGAGCGCUUCAGCCUGAGCACCCUGGAGCUCGUGUGCAAGCUCUGCGUGCGGCAGGUCGAGGGAGAGGGGCAGAUCUUCCAGCUCAACUGCUCCGUGGCCGAGGAGCCGAGCGGCAUCGAGUACCCGCUGGGCGAGGGCGCCACGACGCUCGCGGGGCCCGGCGCCUUCAGCAUCCCGCUGCCCAUCCGCCAGAAGCUCUGCAGCAGCCUCGACGCGCCGCAGACCAGGGGCCACGACUGGAGGGUGCUGGCCCACAAGCUCAAGCUGGACAGGUAUCUAAAUUAUUUUGCCACCAAGUCGAGCCCCACUGGGGUCAUCCUGGACCUCUGGGAAGCCCAGAAUUUCCCYGACGGCAACCUGAGCGUGCUGGCAGCCGUCCUGGAGGAAAUGGGCCGGCACGAGACCGUCGUUUCUCUGGCAGCAGAAGGAAGCUACUGAUGCGGCCGUGGUGAGAGCAGGAUGGGCGGGUGCACCCAGACACGGUGCCCYGUUACCACCCCCGAGAACUGAGGGGCUGCGAGAGCCCGAGCGAGAGCGGCGGGAGAGAAACGGUCUCGGAGAAGCGGGCGAGCAAACACGGCACCCCCGGCCCCGAGCCGGGCUCUCCUUGUACGUUAUUGCCACAGGAUCUGAAAGCAACCGCGCAAAGUUGUACCUUGAAAAAAUAUAAACCCCCGUGACGUUCCUCUCGGCUCGGCUGUACGCUGCUUGGUACAGGAUCUUACAGUUUCCUAGGAAACGCUUUUUAUUGCUAUCCAGAUCUAUGGAUAAACUUUCUUACCGAUCCCAGUUUCUAUGGACGUUGUUUACAUCCAGUUCUGGACAGGGGUAAGGAGCCUGUCCCCGGCUCCCUCUAUUUUUUGCUCAAAGCCAUUCUAGACGCAGCUCUGGACAGCAGGUUCUGGCUCUUUCCAGUCGAUGGUUCCAGACUCCGGCCGCGCUUCCCGCGCAUCGAGGCCUCGCCACCACCCUCCCGCCAUCGCUCCCGUUUCCCAGACCCACGUGUAAAACAAAGGAGCACCGAGGGGGCAGGGGGGUGCGCGUGGAAAGCGGGAAGCCUGCGUGCUGGGCGGGAGCGAGCGCCGCCUCCCCGAGGAGGGGGAUCCCUCUGGGAAAGGGCUGCAGCCCGGAGGGAAAGGCGGGAUGUACAGUUCAGAGCGGUUGGGGAACACAGGAAAUCCAGAAAGAAGAGAGAUUUUUCCUAUGGUGAUUAUUUACUAAUUAGUACCUAGUGCAAGGAUUACGAUGAUUGGUAUUACUGUUGUUAUUGCCACUCUUACCUUAUUUCUAGCGUUGCCAGCAGCAGGGUGGCUCAUUCCCUGGGAGAGGCCCCGCUGGGCCCUUCCUGGCGGAGGCYCCCACCUCCUUCCCGAGCCCCCGCGUGCUCCGGCCGCGCUCGCGUCCUGCCGCAUCCCUUGGGCGCCUGGCAAAGGCGGCUGAGCCCUCGCCUCUUCUUUGGGUAGUCGCUGCAGAGAUUCCCGAUUUUCAGCUCAGUGAAAAGGCUGACUCUCCCAUACAGCACGGAAAAGAGGAGUUUUCCAGCAGUUUUCAUUCCCGUUUUGUACCAAGUUGGGAGACAUCCCUCGUUUUCUGCUACUGCAGRUUUUUGCCACCACAUUCUUCCCAGGACCCCAGCUGCUCGGUUUCUGUUGUGGUUUUGCUUGUUUUUCCUCUUUGCCCUAAGGCAGCUUUCAAGCCCAWACCUUUCAAAGUAACUUUGAAAAUGUCGUUGUUGAAAACGAAGGGGAAAUUUCACCCGACCUUUUCCGCGCUUGACAUUUCCACAGGCUUGGGACCUUUCUCCCGCCCGAGAGGAGCCUCCGCAGCAGCCGUGGAUGGCCCCGGCGGCAGGGAGGGCCGCUAGGUUGGCUCCAAACGCUGUUUCCCAGGUGGCAGAAAGGGAGCAGGUCCGUGCUGCCAUCUCGUGGGGCAGAGCUCCAAAGCCAGGGCCUUCCCGGAGCCCCGAGGAAGGUGCUCCUAGCAGGGACUGUUCCAUGGGGCGGCCCUCCGAAACRGCACGUGCUCUCAGCAGGCAGACCCGGCUCUCGAGAGCCGGGGCUGCAUUUUGUGUCAGGUAAGCAGAUUUAUUAAGAACAAACAAACACAAAACGACUGCAGGCUUCCUAUCCUCCAGCUAUUAUUAUCUUCCAAAAAAACCCCUUAACCUUUUAGUUAUCCACUUUUGGUUACUUGCCCUAGCAGCUUCGCUGCUCCCCUACACCAUCUCCUCAGUACGUGGUGAUUGCUAGU